GCGCGCGAGACGGUGUCAGCUGCCGAGAGUGGAGAAAAAUAACGGAUGCGUACGAGCGUCACUUCAUCGAGACGUGUUGAACAACGUUAGACAGUUUAUGUUAUUUAGGUAAAACUAAGUUUCGUUCUUUAAUCGUUUACACUGAUUUGUAAAUCUAAAGUGACGCUAUGAAGUUCGUCUUGGUUAUAGUCGCAGCUGGCCUUUUGGCUUUUCUUGGCGCGGUCAUCUGCAUUAUCGCGAGCGUGUAUUCGCGAUCAUCCGCCGCCGCGCCCGAGGCGUUAUCAGACAACCGCACAGUGUCGCUCCUCGAGCCGCUCGCGGGAACCGUCGCGCGCGCCGGCCCGCUGGGCGCUCUCCAUGGUGCUGAAUCAUAUGAAGGCGGCGGACUGGACAUCGGCCUUGAGAUACCAACGCUCAAUGAACUCAGUACUGGCGACGUUACAGGCCCGAGUCCGAAACAGUUCAACCUCAAUCGACUUAUUUGCACUCCCGUUCCCAUCGGUGAAUGCAAAUCGAGGGCUUUGAGGGAACAAGCCGACGACCCGUUCGGGGAUGAGGAGGACUGGAGGUUACGCACCGCCGCCGAGGAGCUCCGGCAGAUCGUCAUGCAACAGAACGAUCAGAUCCUCGUGGACCAGAAGACCAUCACCGAGCUCACCGGGAAGCUCUCGGAGUGUGAGAAUGGGCUGGAGGAGACAAGUCUCCACGAGAGGAGUAUGGGAGUCUGGGCGGGGAACCGUCGCCACAUGGCCGGGGAUGAUGUGAGCGGUUCGGUUGCCUUGCAGCUGCAGACAGCCCGGGCUGUGGAGGAACUGGAAAGAGCGAUUUUACAGCUGAAAGACCGUAUAGAGAAGUUGGAGCUGGAGAUAAGCCCCACUGCGUUGAACCACACCGAACAUGUUGCCAGCACAGUGGGUAGCGUCGUGGUGGGUGAACCCGGCAGACCCGUUGAGGAUCUGGAGGGAGAGCUGGAAAAGAAGAUCCGGCUGCUGGAGAAGGAGAGGAAGAAUCUACGUAAAGAGACCCAGGGCCACCACCAGCACAUCGACCAGGGUCUCAACACCCUGCAGGAGCGCAUCGCAGAGCUGGAACAGAGUCUUACAGAAUACAACUACCCACAAGGGUAUAAACUUUCCUUCCCUGUGCGGACUAACUACAUGUAUGGGCUAGUCCGGCGGAAUAUUCCCGAGAUGUACGCCUUCACGGCGUGUCUGUGGCUCAAACCGUCCGAGCGCGGAAUCGGAACGCCGUUUUCCUACGCGGUGCCGGAACAACCAAACCAAAUUGUCCUGCUGCAAGGAAUACAUAACCCGGCCGAACUUCUCAUCAACGAUAAGGUGGCACAACUGCCCCUGUCACUGCCCCAGGGCAUCUGGCAGCACAUAUGUGUGAGUUGGACUCUACGGGAUGGGGUUUGGAAAGCAUACCAGGGCGGUAAAUUAAGAGGACGGGGUGAAGGAUUGUCAGCGUGGCAUCCGAUCAAAUCCGGGGGCCUGCUGGUGUUGGGACAGGAACAGGACACCCUCGGUGGGCGGUUUGACGCAUCCCAAGCUCUGGUUGGAGAGCUGUCGUUGUUUAACCUUUGGGACCGUGUGCUAUCACCCAUGGAAGUCGCCGCUUUGGCAGCCUGCGCUGAAUCAGCACUACUCGGGAACGUGGUGCCUUGGACUGAUCGUGAUGUGGAUGUUUUUGGGGGGGCUGUGAAGGAACCCGUGGAUCCUUGUGUUCAGACCUCUCAUCCCCGACAGUGAGCGGGGACUUACUUUAUUGAGAAAUGGGGUAAGAUGAGGCUAAGAGAGUUUUGAAAUGUCAAAUAUGACAAUUGUAUCGUUUUGUAUCUACACGCGAGUAUGCUGCAGGUAAGAGAUCUGCUUGUGUAAAUUUGGAUCUGUAGAGCUGCUGCCAAAAGCUUUAAGGUCUGUCUGGUGUUGUCUUUUUAUGAACAUUACUGCACUGUGGUUCCUUCAGAGAUUUUUUUUGUAAGACUUGGCUCAUUGUCAUGUGGUUAUCUACAUGCUUGUCUCAUUUUUUGUGUAAAGUGGAGCUUUUGUGUCUUGCAAAGCGGUCUCAAUGUCUUUGUUUAUUACUGUCUCUGUUCCUUGGAGUCGUGUCCACUGCACUACCCCUUUAACAGUACAAUGUCAUUCAACAUGAAAUCUAAAUUGGCACUGUUUACUUUAAAGCACAUACUUGAUAUUAUAAUAAAAAAAUGUAGAAGUGCAUGUUAUUACAAAACAAGUUAAAAUGCACUUUUUUCCAAUCACCAAUAUUUUUUUACAACCCCUUUUUCCAUUCAUCCAUCAUUAGAUAACAUGAACGUUUUUCUUUUAUAUUAUCCUGCAUCAAAUAAAAAAAAAUUGUUUUAAUAUUUUAACACUUUAAAAUUAGGAAUGCAAAACAGUAUUUACUAUCUUACAGCAUCUUGUCGUGUUCACAUUGCAUUGUCCUUGGCUAUCAUAUAGAAAGAUUAGGGAAGUGCCUGUCUAUUUAUUUGAGUAUCACUAUCGAUUGAUGAUCAGCUGUGAUGUCACUGUAAGUGCUGCAUCAUAUGUGCACCACCAAGGAUCUACAAAGAUAUUGUCAAAAAUGUGGAUGAAAAUAAAACUGUGAUGAAAACGA